AUGCGUUCAGCUUCUUGUUUGAGACGUUAUGCUAGGCAUUUCUCUUCAAGCAUCCAAAGAAGCCAGCUAGAUAUCACAAAAGUUUCAUUAAAAGAUGUGAUCGAUCAAGGGUUCAGUAAUCACUCGAAACCGUUCACUGAGGAUAAGGAAACUAAGAUCACACGCUUGAGUAAUGGUCUUCGUGUGGCUUCUCAAAACAAACUUGGUAGCCAGUGUGCAAUAGGAGUCAUCUGA